GUCAACCUCUAGUCAAACGGUGGUCUUGGGAAGUUGGUAAGAAACGUCAAUAAAUAAAUAAAUGGAAAUCCAGCCAAGGUUUCGUCAUGCAUUGGAGGAGUCAGAAAUGCAAGUACAAUUGUCACAUGAAACUUGAAAACUGCACCAUUCCUUCACUACUUUAACACCCUCACUGCUUCACUCUCUUUCCAUCCAACAAAUUCCAAACUCCAAAGAAACCAACCAAAGAAAGAUGCCUCUCGGAACCCUUGAAGUCCUUCUUGUUGAAGCUAAAGGCCUCAAGAACAAAGAUUUUCUCUUUAAUAAGAUGGAUCCCUAUGUUAUUUUCACUGUGAAGACCCAAGAGAAGAAAAGCACCGUGGCUAAAGGGAAAGGAUGUGACCCCGAAUGGAAUGAAAGUUUUUUGUUCACAGUUACGGAUGAUGUUUCUGAGCUUCGUUUGAAAAUAAUGGACAAAGAUACCUUUACCAAGGAUGACUUUGUUGGCGAAGCAAUCGUUCCUUUGGAGCCAUUGUUCGCUGAUGGAAGGCUUCCUCCGACUGCCUACAAUGUUGUCAACAAGGACCAGGAAUAUCGCGGGGAGAUCAUAAUUGGAAUUACUUUCACUCCUGAAGAAGCAGCUUCUAGAAGAUAUGAUGAGGAGAACUAUGGUGGAUGGAAAGAAUUAUCUUUCUAGGAAUGACCUGGUGAUUUAAAAUGCAAUGUAUGAUGCUCAUUUAGCUGAUAGGUGUUCAAAUAAAGAGCAUUAGUCAUGUUGAGGUUCCCUUUUGGUGUACUGUUUUUGCGUUUAGACUGAUAUCUAUGUGCUUCAA